AAUCCCAAAUUCAUAGCAUUCAAACGAAACAUACACAAGUCUCCACUCAUAAUAAUGAAAUCAAUACUGACAUCGCACUAAAGGAACUCAGCGUUGCGCGUGACAGGACGAUUCUCACUCUAGAUUUUUCAACAUUGAAAGACGAAACCCUCAAUCCACCUUCAGAGUAAAAGUAUCCAUUAGUUUUCUUUGAUUAUUUAAAAAAAAUAAUGGAUAACUUAGGAUUGCUGAAAAGACAUUCAUUUCCACUUCAAGCCUAUUCAUGGAAUAAUGUGUUCAGGUCUGCUACAAGAUUUUCAAGCGACGACGAAAUCGUGGUUCCUGUUCGAAUAAACGCACCGGUGAUCUCCUCUCAAGGCACGCGACAAGAGCGGGAACAGAGAUUAGAAGACGCGCUUUUGUGGAUACGAAAAGAACUGGCUGAAAUGCGUCACCAGGACAAGUUCCUGACUCGCCAGUUCAUCCAGCUUCGCACCACCAUCCAGAAACUUAAAGCAGAAAACACUCUCCUGGAGGAAAUACAAGCGAAUGGGUCAAUAGAGGGCACAGACAGCCUGGGCGAGCUAUCCCCGAGAAAGGCGGUACCCCGAGCACGCGAUGGGCGGCCACUAGUCCGCAAGAGCUACUCCAUGGCUAUAUAACAUGGCAUAAAGCUGUGACUUAACUAUAUGGCUUGGGAGGGGUUUAUUUGGGAAGGAAAGAUUCAAAAGAGAGACCAUGGCUAUAUAACAUGGCAUUGAGCUACUGCAUGGCAAGGGAGGGGUUCAUUUGGCAAGGAGAGAUUAGAAAUUUCCCUUGUCAUAUUGACAUAGAGUAUGACAAGGGGAUCAUUUAGCUAUAUGGCUAGGGAAGGCCUCAUGUGGAAAGGAGAGAUUCAAGAGAGAUCAGAAUGACCUUUCAUAUAAAAAAUACCUUCAUUCGUAAUUUAUAAUCUGAAGACAAGUUCAAUCUCAACUCAAACGUAUGUUCGACCUUUUUCAUUCUUCCGAAUGAUAUUUUCUAUGACUUUUGAUGACUUUAGUGGGCUUUUACUCAAAUUCCAAGACUUUCCAGGAUUUUAAGGACCUGUGGAAAAAUAAUUUAAGGGCUAUUAGGGGCGAGCCACCGGGUUUUUUUUAGCCAAAUGGAGAGAAUACACUCCUUUGCUGUGUGUCCCCUAACAUAAAAUGACAUCCCAAAUGUCCAAAACUGGGCUAUCCAAAUGAGCGAACAGGCAUGAGCGGCAGAGGUCGCAGAAAUCACAGAACUGUCUGCCAGGGUCACUUGCAAUAGCUGAUGGUAAGAAUUGCACCCUUUAUCAAAAUAAAAUAAAAACUACGCACGUUUGUA